AUGUCAGACUUUCCUGCACUUCCUGGGUUCUAUAAGCUCAUGUAUCUGCAUCUCGAGCCAAUAUCUACCAUUGCACCUUCAUUCUUUGUUUGGCUAUUCCCUGGGACGGCAUGGUUUUAUGGGGAGCUCAUUCCUGGAGCUCCUCCAGUGAAGGAAGAUUCAAUGGAUCCUCGUGCAACGAUGGCUAUUUGGCAAUUGACGAACUGCUACCUGCUCCUCGGCUUGAUCUCAAGCCUGGUUUUCCGUGCUGUUCGAGAUGCGCUCCCACAUGAUCCCGUUGCACAAGAGAGGAUUGUUGGUGCGAGUCUUAUGGCUCUUGCAAUUGCCGAUGUGAGUUGUAUUAUGAUCGCAACAUGGAUUGGCCUCCCACCUGAGCUCCGCUACGAUCCUCUUUCAUGGAACUCGGUGACACAUGGGAGUAUCACGACCGUGAUCAUACUCCUAAGCGGAAGAUUGGCUUGGUUUGCAGGCAUCGGACGGAAACGAUAUUAUUAUGGUCAGAAGUUGGUAAAGAAAGAGGACUAA